CGGGGCGUAGUUGCGAAUUGACACAGGUGUGGACCGAUCGUGCAGUGCCAUAAGCCACGCGGGGAAAUCUGCGAGUGUACACGGUGCGAGUACAGGGUGCGGCGCGAAAGGGCGUUUUCAGGGACGUUUUCACACCGGGUGAAAGAAAAGGCCGAAGGUGCGGGCAGAAUUUCGAUAUGGUCGCAGAAUCGAUCUCGCAUUUGUGGGAAAAAUUCUAAUCCGAUUUGAUCGCGACGGCGAUACGCAGAGAUGUUUCAUUGCAAAAUGUUGAACCGCGUUAUAUCAAAUAUCAGAUGCAAAAUGCUUAGAUAUGAUGUCUUUUAUAUCACAAAAGGUUUUCUUCUAUUCUUAAAUUUAUUUUUAGAAUUGUAUAUGAUAACAUAAUAAUCUUUAGAAGUGUUGAUUAUCCAAAGUUCUUCGAUCAGCACAGUUCAAUUGACGAUGAUUGACGGAAGUGAUUAUCAUUAUUAAAGAAACGAAGUAGCCCGUGGGUGGCGGCGGCACGACAGAGAUCGCGAGGCUCUUCCGCUUUUUUGACAGAUGCGAGCGUCAGUGCUGCGCGACGCCUCGCAGUGCCCAUCGAGUGAGGGAGUUUGAGCACUGUUUACGACGUUAUUUACGACAACGUAUACUCGUUCGCGGGUUGAAGCAAUUCCAACGAGCCACAAAGUGAGUGGGCGAGAUUCGCAAGAGACGCAAUAUCAAUUACGGAAUUUCCAGCGACCCACUGGCACCGCGACACGAGGAAGGAUGGUCAAUUCGAUAUUGCUGCUUUGGGCGUUGGUCGGCCUAAUUGGCCGAGUGCACGGCAAAUGCAGCUUAGCACCGAUCGCCGACAACGAGCGGUCGAUCGCCUACGCGUGCAUCCACAGCGACCUGGGCGACCUCGACGGGCUGUCCGGCGAGACCGAGUGGAUCGAGUUCUCGGUGUCGCGCUUCCACGCGAUCCCCGACGACGCGUUCCGCCGAUUCCCGAAUCUACGCCGUCCCUUUUACAAUUGUCACGUGAGCGUGAUCGAGCCCGCGGCAUUUCGCGGCCUGCAUCGGCUCGACUGGCUCAUUUUUCAUGGCACGAGGAUCCACGCGGUGCGGGCCGCGUGGUUCCGCCAUAUACCGAAUCUCAGGCGACUGAUCCUGAACAGAUGCGGCCUGGUGUACGUCGAGCCCGAUGUUUUUCGCAUGUUACCGCGAGUGGAGACCCUGGACUUGCGCGACAAUGACCUCGAUUGUCUGUCGGUGGAGGAGUUGUCCCAGCUGACGGCGCUCAGGACCGUGCGCAUCGACGGCAACCCGUGGUUGUGCGACUGUCGGCUGAGAAUGGAGAGGUUCUUCCGCGAGAGGAGGAUCGUCCAGGAGAUAGAGUGCAGGAUUCGACCGAGGAUCUGCACCGUCCACCGAAAUCCGCAGUGCAUGACGCAGAUUGAAAUCCCGCUCCCACCGCCGAUGAUCACCAUCGAGUCGAUAAGCAAUCUCGAGGAACGUCGCGGCAACCGCUUCCAGGCGAGCGCGCUGACGUCGCUGGACCGCCUGCCGGACAGGACGACGUGGAUCGAGAUCUCGGGGCUGUGGAUCGACCGUUUGCCCGCGUACACCUUCUUUCGUUUCGGCAACAGCCUGCGCAGCCUGGAUCUGCGCGAUUGUUCGAUCGGCGCGAUCGAGCCGGGCGCAUUCGCCGGUCUGCAUCAGCUGCAACGACUCACGCUCGUCGACAACCGGCUGCCCGCGGUCGCCGCCCAUUGGUUCGGCGAUCUCGUCGCGCUCCGCCAAUUGGUGCUCGCGCGCAACGGCAUCGAGCGCAUCGAGCCUGGCGCGCUGCGCCCGCUCGCCGGCACCUUGCGCCAUCUGGAUCUGCGAUAUAACCAGUUGCGUUGCCUGCCGUUGGACGAGUUGACGCACCUGAAACACCUCGAACGAAUCGACAUUGUAGGUAAUCCGUGGUACUGCGAUUGUCGCAGGGAUCUACAGAGACACUUGACGAACAGCAAUAUUGGUUUCGAGAUUACCGAUCGCUGUUACGAGAGGAAUGAAAUUAUCGAACCGACCGAUGGAUGGCAGUACCCGCAUACUAAUCUAACGACCCCCAUUAUUGGUCAUAUAUACUGGACCUCUUUUGAAGAUAUUUUAAAGGAGAAGAAUAUUACCGUGGUAAGACCAGUUAUUGAAGUUCCUACGCAAAGACCACAGGUUCAUAGAGGUACCUGCGUGCGAGACAGAACUCAAUCGUCACGGGAAGUAUUCACCUGCAGCGGCAUCACCUCGAUCAAAGAGCUGGAUGUCUUACCUCGCACAGCUCAUAUCAUUCGCAUCGUCCUCUCGAACUUGAAGACAAUCCCGAGACAUGCGUUCGCUCGCUUCGACGGCUGGCUAUCCAAGCUGGAAUUACGCGACUCUGGUAUCGAGACGAUUGAGUACCGCGCCUUCGUCGACCUGUACAAUUUGGAAUAUCUGUCGCUGCAUAGCAACCAACUGAAAACAGUGACAUCCGAGUCGCUGGAGGGUCUUACGAAUCUGCGACACCUGGACCUCUCGCGCAAUCACAUUUACCGGAUCCCCAAUGAGUUGUUCAAUACGGUGCCGCGGCUGUACAGCCUUGAUGUUUCUGAAAAUUACAUGAAUUGCUUCGGCGUGGAGUACAUGGAACGCAAGCUGCAGCAUCUGUACUCUCUUAAGGUAGCGGGCAAUCCGUGGAGUUGCCUAUGCGGAACCAAGCUGGCCAAAUUCCUGGAUUCCCGUAGAAUACCGUAUAAUCGCGAGUCUCUGUUCGACGUGAACGACGAUUGUUACGUCACCGCGUUUCCAUCGACACCUCCCACAACGGGGGUGGCAAUCACCUCGAUGACCACCACGACGGAGCCACCUUCGAUAGGCUUCCACAACGAGACCAUCGAGGGUUCCUGCUUCAAAAUUCCCGAAUCCACGGAACCGCGGUAUCGCUGCAUCGGUGGCAAUCUAUUGUUGCUGAAAAACAUACCACGUGACGCUGUUUACAUCGAAUUCUACGAGGGUCAUUUGCCCCAUCUCCCGGCUAACUCUCUCUACAGUUUUCCAAAGUUACAGGAACUCGUGAUUAGGAACUGCGGUCUGAGAACGAUUUCGGCUGGCGCUUUUAGAGGUCUGGACUCUUUGGAGCGGCUCACCAUUCAGGAUAAUCCGUUAACGUCGAUCGAAACGGACUGGUUCAAUAUAGAGCGUCUCGAGCGAUUGGAUUUGCGCGGUAAUUCGAUCCACUACAUUGCAUCGGGCGCUUUCCGUCAUCUGCACAGACUGGUUUAUUUGAAUCUCGAGGGUAACGAUUUGCAGUGCAUCUUCACAAGCGACCUUCAGGAUAUGCCAAAUCUGCACAUUGUCGAGUUUGCCGGCAACCCGCUAAAGUGGCGUUGCCGCAUGGAUCUGGAGCAAUUUCUCGAGACGCAAAAGAUCAAGUUCGUCAAGGUGGAGAACUCGUGUGAGGGAAAGAAAAUCAUAAGGAACCUUUUAUAUGAGAAUCGGACCGUCGAGCCUCUAGAAUGUCCCCCAGGCUGUUCGACGGCGAGCAAAAUCGAGCAAGGAAAGAGUUUGUUUAUAGCAUUUCUUGCAUUAUUCUUUGCAAUACAGUUGCAUUAAUCGUUCGGCAAGCAAGAAUAAAAAUUGCGAGGUCAAAGUUAAGAUACUUAAAAAGUAAGAUAAUUUUUGAAGUUUAUUCUUUAUUGAUUAUGAUUAAGAAUCACGCGUUUGGAUAUUAAAUAACAAAUAUAUACAAAUCAGUAAAAUAUGUAAAAUGGUAAUUGAUAAUUAUUAUUAAUUGAUUUUUAUAACCAUGAGGUUCCAGAAGCAAAGUUACUUUUGCGUGAUAGUAGACGAGGACAGGAUUGGUAUUGUUAAUGUUGUCAUUUAAUGUGUUCAUAUCGUAAAAACGCUUAUAAACUAAUGAACAUAUAUAUUUAUUUUUGCGAAUGCAAAUAUAUUUAAACUUAAGCCCUUUGGAGUUUUAAUAACACUUUUCGAUCUCUAAUUAUUUUGUUAGAGUGCUUAGGUUGUUAGUACCUGUUCGUCGCACGUAGCACAAAACGUCAUCGUUAUAUCAGAUACAUCGCGAUGAAAAUACAAUCCCAAAUACCGGUAAAAUUUAUACAAAAGACUUAUGACAACUUCGAUUAAAUGCUGAUUAGCUUAAUACAAUCAGUAGAAUUGUUUGAGGCAAAA